UUUUCCUUGAAAAAUUUUUUGUAUUUUUUCGGCUUUCACAGAAAAAUUAAAAUUGUUUAAAAAAAAUCAAAAAAAUUACUUGAAACAAUUUGUGUUAUGCAUUAAAAAAUGUUGUCUUACAAUUGCAUGUCUACACGUUUUCAAUUUAAGUUAAAAUGCUCAGCAGUGAUUCACAGCAGGGCAUAUACGCGCCAUUAAGUCAAGUAAUGUCUGAUUCUGACAGCGAAGAAGAAAUACACAAUUCAAGUCGUCACACUUCUCGUCGUCAACAACAGCCACAGCAGAACCAACAACAGCAACAAUAUCAUCAAACCAAUCAUAACAAUUUACAACAACAACAACAGCGUCAAUCGAGACAAAGAAACAGCCAACGACACCAACAACAAGGCUUCCACACUCGCACCAACUUGCAAUACCACCAAAAGUAUCCGAACGGCCAUCAAAUGCAUCACAGCAGCAGCAUGUCUCUGCAGAACUCUUUCCGCAGUGUCAUGGACGGUGGCAGUAAUUUCACCAGCUUCAAUAGCGACGGCGAAGAACGUCAUCAAACCGAUGCCGAUAAUGUCGCGAUUCUGGGACCUCCAGAGACCAAAGACGAACCAAUGACAACCACUCGAAAGUGUUGUUUCAUCGGUUCGAUUCUUCUCUGUGUGCUGACAGUCGUCAUCUUUCUCUGGGUUAUCCCGUGUAGCGAAGAAGGCACUUGUCCAGCUCCUCCAGAUCGCAUUAAAACCCACAACUGGCUUAAUAACUAUACCAAGAUCGAAUUGAAAGGUGUCAUUAAUGUCGUUGAUGGGUUAAGGAACUGGGAAAAGAAUCUCAUUUUCCUCUAUCGAGGUGAUGCCUUCUUUCCUGAGUUUGAACCAUCAAACACCAAAAGAAAUGGAAUCAUUUCAUUGAUUGGAAGCUCUGGAGCCAUCGCUUGGUUCGAUGAAAUGGUCGAUGAACCCAUCACAAUCGACUGUACUCUGAUUGAUAUCGACAAGAAUGGAAAGCCAGAUUGUUUGGUCAUUGAUGAGUUUGGCGAACUCGGUGUCAUUAAUCCGAUUUCUGGACAAUGGCACUGGAAAUUCAGGGUGAGAUCUCUGACUAAAGUCGAUGUUUUGGAUUUCCCUGUGAUUCUUCCUGAUUUAGACGGAGAUGGGAUAUAUGAGAUUCUAUUGGCGACCACAUCUCCAAUUCUCGAUAUGAAACCGAGGAACUUUAUAACUCCUCAUAUAGACUUCCAUGGGGAUGCCCCAUCGGGAGCUAGAAAUCUCCUUCGAAUCAUCUCGGGGAGAAUUGGAAAACCCAUAGGAGAUGGAUACAAAGUCCAUGAAUGUGAUGUCCUUAGGAAGUUCCAAUUGGAAAAGAAUCACAUAAUCACUUUUAACUGUGUUCGUAAUAGCACAGAAGCCCAACGCUCCAAGGCACUCACGGAACUCUUUUCGCUGGUCACAAAUCGAUCGAUUAAGAGUGAGAAACUUACUCCUGCUUUAAAGAUCUCUCAACAUCGUCAUUAUGGGCAGCGAAAAGAAACAGAAGCUCAAAGGAAUAUCUACUCGCUGAGUGGUCGAGAGUUGAUUGUUGAAAAUCGUGGAAAAUGUCCAGAUGAUUGUAAUGUCUCCUUUAUUCUCAGUGAGGAGCGUAACGGACGGGUGAAUGUAGUUCGUAAUUUCACCAAUCCUGGAAUGUAUGGGAUGGUCCCAGCUCAAUGGCACUUUAAGAAUAGCAAAUCCAAGAUGUCUGGAUUUGUGAUGAAAUUCUGGAAAUGGAAUAAUGACUCGACUUUGCAUAGUCAUCGCAAGAAGCGUGAGGAGGACAAAGAUGAAUCGGAUUUCCCCACCAGCGAGUUUAAUAUCUUUGAUCAUUUGGUUCAGAAACGUCAUACCUACACGAUUCCGGAGAAGAUAGCUCGUGUGGAACGUAGCACUGCCAAUAUCACGAGGAAGAAAACUAGCAGUAGUCUUCUACUGAAUAGUUACAAACGACAAAUGAUCACUGAAACGGUUGUUCUCGUUAUAUUUAUUGGAUCGGAUACAAGGAUUGAAAACACCAGCCAGAGCGACAUUAUUCAAUUCUGCCGAAAUGAAGGAAACGAAGUUGUCUGUCAGCCAGAUUUGAAUAACCAAGAGAAUUCUCUUCUCAUUGCUGACUUGGAUCAGGAUGGAUCUCAAGAAUUAGUAUCGUACUAUUCGACAUUUAAGGAAGAUGAUCAAACAAAAGACUGGAAGUUGGUUACCUAUGUGCAGUUGCUUCGAUUGGAGUCAGAAUUGCCGGGUUUCUAUGGCGAGGGAAAGCGUAAUUAGAAUAUGGUUGGGGAAGGGUUUUUUUUCAUUUAAAACAAAACAAAAUAUUCAAUCACACCAAAAAAACACACUCGUAGAAACGUAGACAAAACAAAAAAACUGCACCUUUUAAGAAAUGGAAACACAGCACUGCUGUAUUUUUUUCUUAAACAAAAAAAAAAUAUUAAACAUUUUCAUUAACUCAGAAGAAGGAUGGAAGGAAAAGGUUUUCUUCAUCUUUGUAAUCUCUUGCCUUAAUAUUUUUUUUUUUUUGUAAUUUGACAUGCAAAACAAGUGUGGAUUGUGCAAUAGAAUUUAUUAAAGACGCAUGGCGUGAGUCUGUCCUUGGCUGACUAUUUUUAUUUGAAUUUAUUUUUAAUUUCAAUUUGUUUUUUGUUAUUUUGGCAAAAAAACAGUUGAGAAAAGUUGUUUAAAUAUUAAAUAAAAAUUAAAUAAAUAUGCCACCAAUUUUUUUACUCAUGAAAAAUAUUUAAAUUUAAAUUAAUAUUAAAUACAUUUUUAAAAAAUAAUUCAAAAUUAGAUUAAUAAAUGAAAAAAUUAAAAAAAAAAAUAUUUAAGUAGGAUAAAAUUUUAGAAAAACAAAAAAAAAAAUAAAAAAAAAAUAUAUAGAACAAUGCUAUUAUACCAAAGUAUCUUUCAAAAAAAAACGAUCAAAUAAAAUAGAAUUCUAGUCACUGGAAAUUAUAAUUAGAAAAAAAAUCAUGCA